AUGACAGUUACUGAACCUAAAACUCAAGAUGAUUUGAAAAAGUUAUUACAAUCAUUUAAACAAGCAACUGAAUUUUGGAUUCAAAGUAUAACCAUUAAUCAAUUUAAUCAAAUCAAUGGAAACAACACCACCACGACCACCACGAUUGAAAAUCCUCAACAAGAGUUAAUUAAAUUGAUUAAAUUAAUUAAAGCUCAUACUACAAAAGUUGGGAUAAUUUUUAAACCAUCAAAUUUAUUUAAAGAUCCUAAUGUUGCUUAUAAUACAUUAGAAAAAUUAUCGGAAACUUUAGUAUUAAUAAUAUCGAUAAUUAUUCAACUUGAAAAUGAACAACAAAAUUUAACAACUAAAAAAAUUUCCAAAAUAUUUUAUGAUGAAAUUAUUGAUCAAAUAAAAUCAUUAUUUUCAUCGAUAAUUGAAUUGAAUCAAGAAUUGAUAAAUAUUAUCAAUAAUGGAGAUAAUGAGAAGGAUAAGGAUGAUGAUAAUGACAAUGACAAUGACAAUGACAAUGACGAUGAUGAUUCGGGAAGAUUAAUAAGUGUUGGGAAAAUAUGGUCAAAUUGUGAUUCAUUAGAUAAAUUAUUAAAUGAAGGAGAUUUAGGAUUACUUACCACCAAAAUCAAACAAAGUAUAUCAAUACUUGAAGAUGGAUUUGAAGAAUUUGUAACAUGGGCUAAUAAUCCAAAAGAAAUUGAAGAUGAUCCAUUUGGACUCAGUGAUGAUGAUGAUGAUGAAGAGGAGGAGGAAGAUGAUGAAGAAGAAGAAGAAGACAAUUCACUUCAAUCAACUAUAGAUGUCAAAGAAUUAUCAGAAUAUUCUCUUAUAUGGGUCAAAAAAAUUGAAUUAAUUAAAUUAUUAAUUUCAUCAUUUAAAAAAUCAUCAUUACCUAAAUCAAAUGUAAUUCCAAUUUCUGGUAAAACAAUCGAUGAAAUAAAUAAUUUACAAUUAAAUCUUGUUCAAUUAAUUGAUAAUUUUAUUGUUGAUUUAAUGCUUGAUAGAAAUAUUCAUGAUGAUGAAAUAAUCAGAUAUAAUAAAGGAAUCAUUAAUCAAGCUAUAAAAUUAAGUGAAUUAGCAAUAACUAUUUAUAAAUCCAUCAAUAAUAAUGAAAAAAAAUUGAAAUGGUAUGAAACAUUUAUUAAUAAAAUAUCUUUAUAA